AUGAAAGCUGUCUUGCAACGAGUGGCUUCUGCUUCAGUGACAGUAGAUAGUCAACUCAUAUCGUCCAUUGGCAAAGGCAUCCUGGUUUUUGCGGGUGUGUCAGAGAAGGAUACCCAGAAGGAGGUGGAGGCAAUGGCUUCGAAGGUUCUCAAGAUGAAGAUGUGGCCUGACGAAGCGGGUGGAAGCGUACGCCUAAACAUGAUCCUUGGAGACGCGCCGUGA